AAGCUAGGUAAUGCAACGGCCCACUACGGUACCUAGCGCCAUAGCUAAAUAGCGGCUGAAACUCAACGCUAGGGGGUAUGCUGACUGAUCCUUGGUAAUUGCUGAAGAAUCGGUCAAUAGACUCAAUACAGCUUCUCCUUAACCUAACCUAGUGACUUACACUGGGACUUCUUAGUGCACCUACGGCAGGGGGGCGGAUUACAAAUGGUUUUCAACAGCUUCCCAUCCUUUUUUCUAUAUAGUCGUUAACUUUUCAUGCCAAUGGCUUCCCCUGGGUUAAUUACCAGAACAAUUCUAAUUGUAUCCUUACUUGUCGUAGCUGUGGCUUUCUUAUUCUCAUCAUCAUCACUAUCUCGCGCCAUCCUGCCCCUUUCCGUCUGGAAACCCGUUUCCUCCAUCAUAGCCCAAUAUCAAACAUCAACAAACUCAAACUCGCCACCAAUGACGACUAAUAAGACCCCGGUUUACUUCUUCAGCCAUGGCGGCCCGGACGUGCAAUACAACACGGUCCAUCCCGCCUAUCCAAUUCUCCAGAAAAUAGGGAAGGAAAUUACUCAGAAAGUGAAGCCCAAAGCUGUCGUCGUCUUUUCUGGCCAUUGGGAGGCUGAGCCUGAUGUCAUCGAGGUCAACACUGCUGAGCACACAGACCUGAUUUAUGACUUCUAUGGAUUCCCGCCCGAGUUCUACAAGGCGCAAUAUCCCAAUAGGGGAAGCCCCGAAUUAGCCUCCAAGGUCAUUGAUCUCUUAACGAAAGCCGGUAUAAAGGCCAAAGGCGUGACUAGAGGACUUGACCAUGGAGUGUGGUCGGGAUUCAAUGUCGCCUUCCACCCCGAAGAAAACCCCCUUAAUGUUCCCUUGGUUCAAGUAAGCUUAUACGCCAACCAGAACGUGGACAUGCACUAUCAACUGGGGCAAGCCGUUGCCUCUCUGCGUGAUGAGAACAUUGUUAUCAUCGGCGCAGGAAUGUCUGUGCAUAAUCUUAGGGACUUGUCCAAAACUUGGGGUGACCGGAGGCCGCUGCCUUAUACAGUAUCCUUUGACGAGGCUUUGAAAGACGCCGUUGAGUCCCCGCCAAAUGAGCGAUGGGCCCGUAUGAAAGACGUUGCCAAGCGGCCGGACGCUAGACAAGCCCAUCCGCGGUUCGAUCACUUAAUGCCGGUAUAUGUAACAGCUGGUGCGGCUGGUGAUGACGAGGGAAAGAGGACAUGGACAUUGCACGAGGGUUGUUUGGCGUGGGGUCAGUAUAGAUUUGGACAGGUCCCCGCGUGAAAGGAAGACUAGCAAUAUAGAAACCACGACAUCAGCCUAUCAUCGGAGUUUUUGAUAAUGCCAUUGUAAAAAAUACAAAUAAAAGGGAGAAAGGGAACGCAGUUUAUCUACCUACUAUAUCUACUAUUGUUUACCUAGAUACGAUCCGUACAAUGAUGCCUGAAGCUUCUAAUCCCUGGGUAUUAUGUACUAUCUAUGGUAUCUUGUCAUACAUUAAG